CAUGCUGAGCCCAGGCACUGGGAAGGAGACUGGAGAGUGCGGUGAGACGGUUCCUGGCGCCCCCUUCAGCCCGAGCUGAGCGCCGCAGGGGUGGAAAGUGGAAGGACAGCCCAGAGGCUAUGGGCGUCGCUGCCCACCGGCUGACACAGACUGGGCGGGACUGGCAAGGCCCCGGAAAGAUGGCUUCGGGGGACACUCAACCAGAGGACAGUGAUUCAGAGGCCUAGUCAGGCGUGCAGCUGGGGCCAAGCCUCCAAUGCCGAGGACGUGGCGCCCACUGAGUGAACACGGCACGCAGAUAGCAGGUUAUGUCUAGGUAAGCCCUCUUGCAAGAAGUCCAAUGCCCUGAGCUGAUUGACAUGAGGCGCGCCAGUGGACGAAUUCUGGUGCGGAGCCGAGGCGCCCCCGCUUCGAGGGCGGGGCCAGAGCGGGGCCCGGAGUCCUCUCGGCAGGUGCAGGAGGCGGUGCUCGGUCCUGCCCCCGGGGGCCGUUCUUGCAGGCCAGGGGCGGGUCAGAGAAGCGGCCGGUGCCGGCGACGCCUUGGAACCCGCGGGCGGCGACUGCGGGCACAGGUGCCGCGCAGGGCACUGUGACCCAGGUCUGGGCAUCAAAACUCCAGCGCUAGGAGCUAAGGCUUCCGAGCUGCUUCUUAUCCUGAACACCGAGGCCCCCGGGCUGGAGAGCGGAGCCCUGGGGUCGUCUGAAGUGCGGGGCCCUGAGCCCCCUGGGUCAAACAGCGAAAUCCCCGGGCCUGCAGCUGAGCAGGACACCGAGGUCCCUGCGCCCUCCCUAGAACAGGGCGCAGAGAUUCCCGAGCGAGAGAGCCAAGUCCUCCGGUCGUCAGCCGGGCAGGACUCAGAGCGCCUCGGGCGGUCAGCAGCUGGGGCCUUUUAGAGUCCUGGGCCAGGCAGCGAAGACCCUGAGCCGUCUGAAGCGCAAGGCAGGAGGGUUCUGGAGCAGUGUCCCCCUCAGGGUCCCGAGACCUCCUCAGAGUCAGACUCGGAAGCACCCCAGCUGCAUUUUCUACUGCGCUCCGACACCCCACAGCAGUCCCCGGAGGAACAGCUCAUGGAGACGCCCAUCGAGCGCGAAAUCCGCCGCAGCUGCGAACGCGAGGAGAGCCUGCGCCGGAGCCGAGGCCUGAGCCCAGGUCGAGCGGGCCGCGAACUCGUCGAACUGCGCCUGCGGCCGGUGCUCAGCCUGCCGGGCCCUGGCCCCGCGCUCCCGCGCGCCUUGGAGCGCGCUCGGGCGGGCGCGCAGAUGCAGCGAGACAUCGAGCGGGAGGCCAAUCGGCAGGCGGCGCUGGCGCGCCCCGCGGUCCCGGAGCAGCGCGCCGGGCCGCCGCCGCCGCCGCCGCCGCAGCCCCUCGGCGAGCUCAAGCGCUUCUUCGAAGCUGCUGGCGGGUGUGGCUCAUCGCCAGCGGCGAAGGGCAGCGCGGGCCCGCAGCGACUGCCUGAGUCCGGAGGCCGCCCGCGCUCAGCCGUGCAGGGCCGGUGCCCGGUGCCGGCCCACUCCCCGCCGCCCAUCGCACCAUCGCUGUUGGAGCAGGAGGUGCGCGAGGUGAAUGAGCGCGAGCGGGAGCUGCAGCGCCAGCGGCUCAGCGUCUACGGAACCGCCGAGUUCAAGGAGCCGGCUCCCAGCCUCACCGCGAGCAGGGGCGACGGAAAGCUGGCAGUGACCUGGCCUCCCCGCAGGAAGGCUUCGGAGAACGGCCUGGAUCAGGAAGAGCGGAAGCCUUGAGGUUCGAGCCGACUGGGAUCCACGGACGAAAGUAACAUGCCCGUCAGAGGACUCAGGCAGGGACGACCAGGAGUGCCCUCCGGAGGGGCGGAAGGGGCUAGAGGUCUGCACCGGGGAGGAUGAAAUCGAUCAGCCCAUCCUUGAACCUGAUUUUUUGUGAAAUUGACUGGUAUCUUCUAUAAAAAUGUUAGUCCCUAUUGGGAAACACCACCACCACAGCUCCGCCAGUAAAACAGUCCAGCCCUUCUCUGCCUAACUGCAAACAGAACUAGCUUCUCCUUACGGCCUUUGACUGUUAGAGGACCGGGGUCACCUCCUCGGCUGCCCCCACUCCCCAAUAAAGCCCCUUCUUUCUGGGCAGUGCAGGCUGUUUUCUUCUAGGUCCUCUUCUGGGGUGGGGCGGGAGCGCGGCAGGAGGAGGAAGACCUGAGAAAAGGCUGAAGGCGCUGGCGGGAAUGAGGAACGGCCCCUUACCGCCCUGUUCCGGAGCCGCAGGUCUCCCCCGGCCCGGCUGAGGUCUUAGUGCCCCCUGGCGGCGCGGGUACGAACUGUGGCCUUCGGAAAAACAGAGCUCUUGCCCUCCCUUUACAGAUUUCAUUAACAUUAUUGGUGCCAGCGGCGUGCCCCGCUCUGUGUGCUGGCUAGACAGAGGUGAUAAGAGGUUGUUCCCGCCCUGGCGACGUAAACAAUAGCUAUCAAAAAAAAAAAAAAUCAUAGGGAGUGGUGGUGGUGG